GAGUGGCGCUGUGCUCGCCUCCCACCAUGCGCUCGGACGCAAAGGCGGUUGCAGAAGGGGCGAGAGAUAAACUCAAAAUAUAAUAAAACAAAACAAAAUAAAAUAAAAUAAAAUCAAAGACCCUCUCCGCCGACCCCCCCCCCUCACACCAAAAACGAGUAGUCGGCUUUCUGCUCGUAUCCUCCGUGCGCGAGAAGGCAGACAGCCCACCAAAUCCUCAUAACAGCCUUCCCAAAGAAGAAGACCGCCUACGAAACCGCCUUCUCCUUCUUCUUCUUCUUCUUCUUCACUUUUUUUUUUUUUUUUUCCUUUUAAAAUUCUACUCAUCUACCUCAACUAGAAGUUUCUGCUUGACGCGGCGGCGGCGGUGCUCACUCUAGGAUAAACCGGAGGAGGAGGAGGAGGAGGAGGAGGAUGUCGAUUAAUGGAGAUUAUUAUUUUGACGAUGAUGAGGACGAUGCCGUCGACUACUCGGACGACGCCGGAUUUGCGGUGGAGGAUGAGAUGGGCGGAGAGUUCUUUGAUGGGGGCGGAGGCGGGGGUGAUGACGCAGAUGAUGAGUACGCUCUGCUCACUAGGAGGACGGAUACAUCGGCGGCAGAAGCUCGGAAGGGGAAGGAUAUCCAAGGCAUCCCUUGGGAGACGUUACAGAUAUCGAGGCAGAGCUACAGACAGACGCGUAUAGAGCUGUACAAGAACUACGAGAACGUUCUGUCUUCCGGCGAGCUUAUGGAGAAGAAAUGCAAGCAAGUGGAGAAAGGCGGCAAUUAUUAUGAGUUCCUAUACAAUUCAAGGAUGGUGAAACCCAUUAUUCUUCACUUUCAGCUAAGGAACUUGGUAUGGGCAACCUCAAAGCAUGAUGUAUAUUUUAUGUCGAAUUCCUCAGUUGUUCAUUGGUCAUCACUAUCUCGCAAUAUGUCAGAAAUUCUUGAUUUUUCGGGACAUGUGGCUCCUACGGAGAAACAUCCUGGGAGUUUGGCAGAAGGAUUUACAGGAACCCAAUUAAGUACCCUUGCCGUCAAGGAUGGUUUGUUGGUAGCUGGUGGUUUCCAAGGGGAACUAAUUUGUAAGCUAUUGGAUCGGCCAGGUGUUAGCUUCUGUACGAGGACAACGUUUGAUGACAAUGCUAUCACCAAUGCUAUAGACAUAUACAAUGCUUUGAGUGGCAAUAUCCGCUUUAUGGUAUCCAAUAAUGAUUGUUGUGUGCGCGAGUUCGAUGUAGAAAGGUUUCAGCAAUUGAAUCACUUCCGUUUCCCGUGGUCAGUGAAUCACACAUCCAUAAGUCCAGACAGAAAGCUUGUUACAGUGGUGGGAGAUGAUUGCGAAGGAUUGCUUGUGGAUGCUGGAAAUGGCAAGGGGAUCUCAACGCUUGUAGGGCAUCUUGACUAUUCAUUUGCUUCAGCGUGGCAUCCUGACGGCCGCAGUUUUGCCACUGGGAAUCAAGACAAAACCUGCCGUGUUUGGGAUGUGCGGAACCUGUCGUCUUCGCUGGCCGUCCUAAAGGGCAACUUGGGUGCAAUCCGGUCCAUCCGCUACUCGACCGACGGACGGUUCAUGUUCUUCGCGGAGCCUGCCGACUUUGUCCACAUCUACGACACGGCCGCCAACUACAAGAAGCGGCAAGAGCUGGACUUCUUUGGCGAAAUUUCGGGAGCAUCUCUGAGUCCAGACGACGAGUCUCUCUUUGUUGGGGUGUGGGAUCGGGUAUAUGCCAGCUUGCUUCAGUACAAAAGGCGGCAUGCAUACAAUUAUCUCGACUUUUAAACUUUAAACAUAGUUGUCGUUCAUAGAGGAGUUGCAAAUGCUAUUGGACAUUUGUGUUCGCAUUCUAUUAGUUACCGAGCGGUGUGUCGUGUAUAUUUGAUUGAGAAAUUUGGUGGGGGAAAUGUAGAUGAUCUUGUACAGGAAUAAGGGAAGGUUUAGUUAUAAUAGACUGAAAAUCACCUUUGCAAAUGCUGUAGAGGUGGAGUAGGUGGCUAGACAAUUUUCUGUUUGCUGUUUGCCGCUUCUGCAUGCAGGUAAUUUAAUUUUUCUUUUCUUUUCUUUUCUUUUCUUUUCUUUUUUUCCAUUCAAGUGUUUUGAUCUCAAGGAAAGCUCGGUCUAAUCGAGUUUCGGCA